AUGGAUGUUGACAAUAAGAAUGAUUAUGUUGAGAUGGCAAAGAAGAUCAUCUUGGAGAAACUCAAAAAGGUCAAGAUCUUCAUUGAUAUGAAGAAUGUCGAGAAAUUGCCUGUUUAUACCCAUGAGACUGGUGCUUCAGAGCUCGAGUCCAUAGUGAAGGAUUGGACUUGUGCAAUGCAUGAUGGUGAAGCUACGACUUCAAUGCCACCAAAUAUUCAAUCAUUCAAUCCUGCAAAACGAGAGCCUGCAUUGCACCCAAUGCGCUGUGCUGCAUUAACUACACCAAUGGCUCCUCCUGCACCUUUGACUACGAUUCAAGAUCUUGCCCAUAACCAAGACCAUGCUGCAAUUUCUUCAACACCUUUGCCUACAGUCAAUACUUUUGUCCUUGCUCGUUCACCUGCUAUCUUAACACCAUCAAAACUUACUCGCUUCUUGAAUAUUGGAGCUGGACUAGACAUCCUCGCAAAGAUUGCUGACCAUGAACACACUCACAUCAGGCUAACCCUAGGUGACAUCAUUCACUUGAAGAAAGGAAGUGUCACUUGGUGGAGUUGCCCCCUUGCCAAGAGUGAGCCAAUGGACAGUAUAAAGCACAAAUAUAGUGAUACUACUGGUUCUGGUAUUCCUGAGGACAGGAAGUACCAGUACAAGAAAAGGUACCAUGAUGGAGGACGUGCAUGA